AUGCUUCGUGCCCGGUGUAGCAUCUGUACCGAAACUAUCCAAGACAAUGCAGCUUGCUGUCCUUGUAUCUUUUGUCAUUUUAAAGCAAAAUUAAUAACGUUUACUUUUCAGGAAUUUGGUGUAAUUUCGCUUAAUGUGAUUUCAUUACUCAUCAGAGGAUUUGUAUAUCACAGAAUCUUAAGCUUAAUAGGUUUGGAUUAUUUUAGGAGAGUUGUUAAGUCUCUCUCCUGUUACGGUAAUUGUUCGAUUUUUGUUAAAGACUUAGAGCUGCUUGCUGUGCUCAGUUAGUAGAUUUUGUUUUUUGCUGACCACAAAAGCUAAAAGAGAAAGUGCCCCUUUUGUCAUGAGCGUGAAAUAGAGUUGAAACACAUUACAUGUUUAGACCAUGUCAGCCAUGCUGUUUGCAUCAUCAAUAUGAAAAGUUGCUUGUGAGGAGUCAUACAAAAAUAACUGUUAUUAUUCAGUGAUUAUUUUACUGUCAAACUCAGAAAACCCUUGAAUGCCUCAAAUCUUUCAGGAAUAGCGAAUGAGUUUUGAGGAAUCUUAAUAAAGUUCAGUACACUUAAGCAAACCUUAAAACCACAAAUUAGUCACCAUUUGCUGUUUGCGUUUUCAAAAUAAAUGGUUAAUUUGGUAAAUUAAAUAUUUGUUAAUUUAAUUUCAUAUUAAUUUUGAUUUAAAAAUAAUAAUGAUGAUUAUGAUGUGUGUUUCCUUGACUCCGUUUGCUACACAGGUGGUCAUGUUUAUCACCUGCAAUGGUAAGCUGCUCCUUGCUGUAGUUGUUUAAUUAGAUCACAAUUAAAAAUCAAGGGUUCAUCUUCAAAGUCAAUAAUAUUAAAUAUUGCUUUGAAUACUCUUUCAUAGUCUGGACCAAUGUCAAGCAAAAAUAAUUGAGCUUUGACUAGAACUAAAACCCUAAAUCACUUUAUUACCUGCAUCCCUGGUAUGCAGGUUACACAGUGAGUAGGGGUGCAGUUGUAGUAGGUGAAAGGUUAAGCUCAAUUUUUUUGUUAGGUUUGUUUUUGAUUACAUUGGACUUCCUUUAUAUUGUUUGUUCCCUGGACAAAUGAGUUCAUUUAAUGAAGUCUAAUACAAAAUACAAUGUAAUAUUAACUAUUUCUUCUUUGAUGCGUAUAGCAUUGAUAGAUGGAUCACAGAAUGCAGUCGCACCUGCCCAACAUGUCGAAAAAACACUUCCAAAGCAUUGUUAUUGUUCUUUGAUGGGACAGAUGUAAACAGUACACAAACUGGGGAUGAUGUGGAUAGCCUACAGGUAUGACUUUACUAUAAUGUUGUACAGUCGACUCUCUCUUAACAGAAGCCUCUGCAAGACAGACACCUUGAUGAAACAGACACCUAGAGUUGAUCCCUGCCUUUCUUUACUCCCUUUAUUCCACUUCCUAUACGAUGAACAUCACUGAACAUUACAUGGACCCUUUGUGCCAGCUCCAGCGGUGCCUGUCUAAAGAGAGAGUAAACCGUAUAAUACUUUCUUAUUUGAUUAUAAUGGAGAAGAAGUGCAGUACACAUACUUGCAAAUCCAAAAUAAUCACUGAAGUAGUGAAAGACUGUGAAAGGCCAAUUAAAAAGUAGUUGUCGUCCCACAGCUGUAACAAAACACCUUACUGUUACAAGUUAUUAUUUGUAAGACUAACUUCUGGUUGUUGUGAAUAUUGUUACAGAAUAGUAUAGAAGAGCUCAAGUCUUUACUAAACCAGAAAGGUGAGAAUAAAGUGCUCUGCAUACUUGUCUUUCCAAAACAUGUCAUUGUAAUAUUGUUAGUGAUUUAAAUGUCUAGUGUUGAAAAAUUUUGUAAAAUUAGUGAUAGAAAGUCACAACGUUUCGACCUCUCCAAGGUCAUUUUCAAGUCUGAGCAAAAAAUAAAAAUUAGUGUAAAUAUAUUACAAAUGGUUUGAAAAUAGUUUAAAAGGUAAGAAUGCAACAAACAAUAAUAUGCAAUAAAAUAUGUAAACAAUAAGUGACAAAAUAUUUUUAAAUUGAAAAGAAACAAUAAUAAGGCUAAUGAAAACUGAUCUAAACUUUUAGUUUUGUGCAGAUGGAAUCGUCGAGACUUUCUGUCACUAAUUUUAAUCACCAAAUGUAUAUCCAAGAAAUUUCUCAUCAAGAUGUUAAAAAAUUGUUGGGAAUAAAAUCUAAUUAUUAUAAUAAUUAUUGUAUCAUAGCUUUCUUCCAUCCUUUUUUUCCUUCCUUCCUCUGAUGUAGAAAUCUUUAGAAAGAAUUGCAAGGCUAUUCAUAUUUACUUGAAAAAGACUGAAAGAAAAAAGGCUUUAAGCAAACAGGCAACAUCUUACGCUGAAUAAAUUCACUGCCAUACAAUUCUGUCCAAUUACCUGGCUGUGUGGUUAUUUAUAGUUGGGAUGCCCUUGGAGUGUUUUGAUCAUACACUUUGGUGUAAUGCUAAGAUUUUGAGGUGGUCUUUCCUUACUUAAUGUAAACAAAAACAAAUUCAAAUAAUUAGAAAGGAAAUGAACCAUUAGAAAGAAACUUUAGUCAAUAAUAAAUAAUAUUGUUGUCUUAAUGUUGUUGCUUUUGUCUUUUAGAUUUAGAAAUCAAUUGUUUAAAACAGGAGCAUAAGGUAAGUCACUUGAAUAUUAAUUAAAUUUACAUAUGUUUUGUAUUUGUGAAAAUGCCAUUCUUAAUGGUCAAAUUAUGCUAAGAAUAUUAUUAUUAUAGUUUACUGUACUUGAAAAAAUGUUUUUCUGGCUUAUUUUGUAGAAAGAUCUUGCUGAACAUACAGCAAAGCUGCAAAAGCAAACUGGUGGGUAUAAAUAUUAAUAACUCUCUGACUCUUUGGCCAACCUCAUCAUCUUAUUUUGCAUAUUGUUGUAUACAUUAUAAAUAUUAUUACCUUGAGGUGUUGACCGGUAUGUGAAGUGGUAUAAACAUUAGGUGUAAAUGACCAAAUUUUGACACAAAUUUGAAAUAUUCUGCUUGAAAGAUGGAGAGGCUACGGUUAGUUUUUUUUCUCUGUGCUUUAUUAUCCCAGUUCAUCAAUCAUUCAUUCCACUUCUUUCAGAUCAUAUAAAUUUCCACCCAGUGUUUCUAAUGUUUUACCCAUAUUUGUUACCUUGUUAAAGACAGUGAAAUAGAGAAAAUAAAGAAACAAUAUGAGAAGAAACUUCAACUUGAGAAAUCAGCCACCACUGGGCUAAAGGUAUGAGUUUCAAAAAAUGUUUAAAAUUAUCUCUUAUUAUACAGUGUAAAAUUGUGAUAAUUUGAAAACAGAUAUUUGUGCACAAAUGUUUUGUCAAUGGAAAGACAUUUUUAACUACCUUGGGGAAUUUUUUGAACAACUAAUGAGUUUGUAAUCAUUGUAUAAUGACAUUCAUUUUAAUCAGAAACAAUUGACAUACUUAAAAGACAAAGAAACUGAACUUGCAGUGGCAAAAAAUGAAGCAAAUGAGCUCAGAGAGGGGUUUCUACAACUAAAACGGUAAGGAAUCUGUAUAAUUUUAUUAAUUUUAAAGUGCUGUACAAUGUCAGAAUGUUACAAGCCCAAUAUAAUUAUUUAUUUUGUAGUUCCAAGUAACUAGUUUUUACUAUGACUCUCGUUGUAUUGCAGAAUGAAAGUUUUGAUAGAUGAUAACAGCAGAGAUGCAGAGGCCAUGUUGCGGAGUUUAGAUUCCAAGUCUUUUCCAGAAGUGAUUGUUCAGCUUGUCACACUCAAAAAGUAAUUUAAGCAACUUUCUUUAGGUUAAGUAGUGGUAAAUUCUGAUAAUAAAUACACUUAACUCUUGCCUUGAGGACACCUCGCUAUAAUGGAUGCCCUGAUAAUACGGACAGCAGCUAAAUUCCAGGAAAAAAUAAAUUGCAGACGUUUGAUUGAUGUAAACUCCCGCUAUUAUGGACUCUUCCUAAUGAGGACACUAACUUGAGGUCUCUACAGUGUCCACUCUAAAGACAGUUGACUUUAGUCGUGUAUUUAAGUUCUUCAUUUUCAAGUGUACUUAAGGUAGGAAAUACUUCUUAGCUUAUCAGUCUUGUAUUUAAUUACUUUUUAAUUUUUGCCCUUGUUGACAGAAAAUUAGAAGAAAAGAGAUUAAAGUGCAAGGAGGCAACAGAUGCAACUGAAAGAAUCAAGAAGGAAAAUAACAAGUUAAAAAUUGAGGUAUAUGUAAACUGUUAUGCUCAAAAUUAUAGUGCUCACUUUUUAUUUCUAUCUUUCUUAUUUUGUAAUGAGAUGUUUUUGUCAUCAUCUGAUCAUAGUCAACGCAAGUUGUAAUGGAGCUGAAGAAAAAUAAAGACCUUCUUCAAAUGGCAGAGGAAGACAUAAGACGAUUGGAAAAGGAGAAUAGUGUAAGUUAUUCAACUGGCCAUUCUGCCAAAAAAAUACUGUUUAUAAGGUCUACAAUGUAAUUAGGUAUGUAACUUUCGUAAAAAUACGGUAAUAUUUUAUUCUAAAAUUCUAUGCAUGCUAACUAGAUUUAUCUCAUAUCAGAGUUAUAAGAAGAAGUUGACAGCAAUGGAAAGAGCAUUUGCCUCCCCAAGUCCACGCAGUAGCGCUAUUGGCCGCCUUAUUAGAGAAAGGUCUGUCCUUUAUUUUAACAUCAGAUUUUCAUAAUUUUCUACUGCUACAAAGAAGAGAACAGUAGCCUCAGUGUUAGAAGAGAUAUUUUCUUAGAAACCUCACAGGUUACGAUACAUUAUAUGUUAAACAUAAUGAGUAUUUGUGGUAAAACUGUCAUGGUUGGUAUUAUCUUUUCCAGCCCAGCACCACUGGAUAUUAAGAGACCAAGACUGAGCUGUCCCACCCUUGAAGAGGAAUCAGAAAACAUCAUUGUAGCAGAGACACCCUCACCUAAACCAAGAAAACAAGAACCCAAAAGUGAACUUACAAGCAUUGCUGAAGAGUAAGUUCAUGUGUUGAUCCUCACAUGAAGAAGACUAAAUAAUAUACAGGUGUAUGUUUUAUGACAUCACGGUUCCAGCACUUAGUCUUUACCACUCUUCUACAGUAACACUACGCAGGGUUGUCACUAAAAUUUCAAGUUGCCAGGUAAAUACAACAAUUAGGAGGGGAAUCAAACAGCAAGGAAUUUCUUUCAGUUCUAUUUUUCUUCUAUUUUCCAAUAAAAGUAGCCGGGGACCACACUUCCACAUAGUAGCUAUUGGGGUACCACAAAAAAUCAACCCGCAUCAUAGUUCAACUGCAUGGUUAAAUUAACGCCAUUUACAAGGUAUUUCCCGCAGAUGGAGAGGAUAUACAGGUGUAAUGACAGCCCUGCACUACUUUCUACAGUAACACUACUUCUACGAAUUAUCCUAUGGCAAAUAAAAAGGCAUUUUUACAGUGGUAUCUCGAGAAGUAAACAAGUAACUCUAUGUCUAACCAGAAACUCUUCUUCAGAUGUUUGCCUCUUUAAUGAAGCGGUCCUUUAUUAAUUUUUGAAUUGUGUGUUGCUUUCUGUUGUAGAAUGGGACUAUCUGUUGUAAAGACAACAAGUAUGGCUUCUCCCUUACAGAAGGCAGUUUUAAAGCCAUCACAGCAGAUAUCACGGAAGUCAGCAGAGCAGGCCGGUGCUUCAGUGUUCAGACGGGGAUAUGAUGGCUUGGGGGGACACACUAAAUUCCUAGCAACACAAAGACCUGCUAAAACAGCAUCACGUAAAGUAGCAAGACCUACGGGAAUAUCUAAGUUCGUUAAACAAACAAGGUUCAGCCGGCCGGCAGAUCCUCCACUUCCAGUUAUGGAUUUAGACUUCACUUGA